UUUAAGUGAAUAUUAAUAAUUAGUUGUACGCCUGCCAAUCGCACAUCAGCCACACCCAUUGAUGUCCUUAUAAAAGAACGAACAACCGAGCAGGCUGAACACAUUCCAAUUCGAGUUGUAGUCUUGACAAUGGGUCACGAGGAGGAGCUGAAUCCCGAGGAAAUCGAUCCAAAAAAGUCAGCAUUACGCGGCGCUGUCGAACGCACUUGGAACGAUUUCUGUGCCACAAGCAGCAUACAUGGCCUCAAGUAUACCCGAGACAAGGACACUAAUCGCAUGGUGCACUUUGUCUGGAUACUCAUCUCGGUGGUAAUGUUCAUCUGCGCCUUUGUCAUGGCGCAGACCUUCUACGCGGACUAUCGACGAAGCCCGACGCGCAUGAAUGUGGAAAGCGACCACACGCCCGUGAGCAAACUCUUCUUUCCGCCCGUUACCAUCUGCCCCGAGGUGUUGUUCAACAUGGCCAAGUCCAAGGCAUUCAUUGAAACACUGAACAUGACCGAUGACGUUCAAGUCGCUGAUGUGUUGCAGCACUUGCACAUAUUCUAUGGCUUCAUGCUGGACGAUGAACGUUUCUCGCAGGAGGAGAUCGAGAUUAUGGAGUCCUUACUGCUGCAUAACAAUCUGACCAUGCAUCAAUUUGUGGAUCGUCUGCGUUGGGACUGCGAUGAGUUGCUUUAUCGCUGUCGCUUUCACGGCGAUAUUAUUAAUUGCAAUCAACUCUUUCAGCUGUCGAAGACCUUCUUCGGCCACUGCUGCUCCUUCAACCUUCGUCAACGCGGGUGGACUAGAGCCGGGUAUAAUCAAGUCUAUAUAUAUUAUAGUAUAACUUUAUUCAGCAUCAAUUUCACUGCCCAACAAGCGGCUGGUGGUCUAGACAAUGGCUUGUCGUUGAUACUGCGUUACAAGGACGAGAACUACGAUGCACUUAAAUCCUAUUCACAUGGCUUCAAGCUUCUGAUUCAAGAGACUGAUGCCUUUCCCAGUGCACAUGCCAUCUGCAAGUUUCUCGGUCUCAAUACUGAAUCAUUUGCCACUCUUCGCAUCGAGCAGACUUUCUGCUCAGAGGCGGUCAAGGCAUUAUCGAUUGAACAACGGAAUUGCAUUUUCCGGGAUGAGUUUCAAAUGCGCUACUUUUCGGAUUAUGUGUAUCCCAACUGUGAGCUGAACUGUCGGGUCAGCAACAUGAUCAAAUUCUGUGGCUGUCACACCUAUUUCUUUGACUUUAAUCGCACCAGGGAACGCAUUUGCUCCUUUCGUGAUAUUCCAUGCCUUGUGGAUAACUUUCCUGCCAUCAUCACACGUCAAAGGAAGACGCAGUGUAACUGUCCUUUGACCUGUGAACACUACGAUUACGAUGUGCAGAUCUCGAACUCUGGGUUACAACUAAACAUGCCUGUCAUUGAUCCAUUCUACAAUGGUAUCGAAGAGAAUGAUGCCAUCGUCCAUAUCUUUGUCAACUCUCAGGUUUAUCGACGGGUGCGUGUGGAUCUGCUUUCCAAUAUGGUUACUUUGGUCUCAAAUCUUGGAAGUGCCUUCAGUCUGUUUGUGGGCAUGAGCAUGUUGUCUCUAGUGGAGAUAUUCUACUAUUUUUCUAUAAUACUGCGCCGAAAUUACGUUCAGGAAUGUCGGGCCCGACAGAAACUUCAAAUGUCACACCGACGCCCGAACUUUGCCUGGCCGCCAGCUAAGCGCGCAGGUGACAAGAACAGCAAUCAGCAGAAAUCUGUUUUCUAUAUCGCAGGUCAUAACUAAUCAGUUGUUUGGUGAUAACAAGUUUGAAAUACUGUCAUAAAUUGUAAUAGACAAAUAAAUAACGAAUUAAAGCAAUUUCAAUUGCUGCGAAGUUUAAAUACACUUCAAUACAAUUAUUUGUUCAUCGUCCAUAAUA